ACGACUCCUCGUCGGAGAGCUGCAGCGGGAAUGGCUCCUCCACGCUGAACCCCUCCACGUCGAGCAGCACGCAGGGCGACAGCGCCUUCCCCGACAUGAACGGCAAUGGCCCGGCUGCCCCCAUGGACUUCGCCGCCUCCGCCGACGACCAGCCCAUCAACCUGUGCGACAAGCUGGCGCCGGCCCACGGCCCGCCGGCCUUCCAGGGGGACGGCUGCAGCGCCGACGGGCUGCGCAGCCGCGUCAAGUACGCCGUGAAGGCCACCGCGGAGUCCCCUCCGUACAGCUCCGGCAGCUACGACUCCAUCAAGACGGAGGUGAGCGGCUGCCCCGAGGACCUGACUGUCGGCAGGGCUCCCACGGCCGACGAGGACGAUGACGAUCACGACGACCAUGAAGACAACGAUAAGAUAAAUGACUCCGAAGGGAUGGACCCGGAGAGGCUAAAGGCCUUCAAUAUGUUUGUGCGCCUUUUUGUGGAUGAGAAUCUGGAUCGAAUGGUUCCCAUCUCCAAGCAGCCCAAAGAGAAAAUCCAGGCCAUCAUCGAGUCUUGCAGCCGGCAAUUCCCCGAGUUCCAGGAGCGGGCUCGCAAGCGCAUCCGCACUUACCUCAAGUCCUGCCGCCGCAUGAAGAAGAACGGCAUGGAGAUGACCAGGCCCACGCCUCCUCACCUGACCUCAGCCAUGGCAGAGAACAUCCUGGCAGCCGCCUGCGAGAGCGAAACGCGGAAAGCAGCCAAGCGGAUGCGGCUGGAGAUCUACCAGACCUCCCAGGACGAGCCCAUCGCUCUGGACAAGCAGCACUCCAGAGACUCCACGGCCAUCACCCACUCCUCCUACUCACUGCCAGCUUCAUCUUACUCCCAAGAUCCAGUCUACAUCAAUGGAAGUCUGAACUACAGCUACCGCGGCUACGGCUCCCUGGGCGGCAGCCUGCAGCCGCCGGCGUCGCUGCAGACGGGCAACCACAGUAACGGUCCCACCGAUCUCAGCAUGAAGGGGGGCGCCUCGAGCAGCGCCCCGGCCAACAGCAGCAGCCGGGGCAUGCAGGCCGCGCAGCUGAGCCCCACGGAGAUCAGCGCCGUGCGGCAGCUCAUCGCCGGCUACCGGGAGUCCGCGGCGUUCCUGCUCCGCUCUGCAGAUGAACUGGAAAACCUCAUUUUACAGCAGAACUGACUCCGCGCGUCUGCAUCGCUCCUCCGGUGGAAGACAAUUUAUACCUGCUAGAAAGAGGCUCCCCGCGGUGUCCUGCUCAGGAACACCAGCGUCCUCCCACGAAGCGGCGGGUACAUGUAGUUUUAGAAGGUGGAACCCAAAAGACCUGUUUUCUUUUACACUCCAAGCACCUGGGACUUCAGGCACAAGGACACGUUUUUGACGCGCACCAACACGUGUGCAUCGAGCUGACCCGAAGCCAAACCUGCAGCUUGGAAGGAUGUGGGACUUUCAAGGGCAGAAGGGAGCCUGGGGAGGUUUGGGGAUGCAGAUGUAUUUAGAAUAACCUUUGUGGACCCAAAUGUUAGAAUCCCGUCCCCAGAUAAUUUUCAAGUCUUAGGUGAGCUGAAUCACAUAUUUAUUGAGAAAUGGACCCUCCUCUCCCCUUAGUAAUUUAUUUUUCUGAAAAUGGAUUCUUUUGAGUUUGUA